AUGGCAAAGCCAAAUGGCGUCUGCGAUCGACCAACGGCUGUGACAUUUGAAGGAUGUAAUGGGCUUCAACUGAGGGGAUUGCUUAUUCAAAAUAGCCCAAGGAACCAUAUCAGUAUAGACGGCUGCAAUGGUACACAGGUCUCUGGCCUCACAUUAUAUUCACCUGGAGAUAGCCCUAACACCGACGGAAUUGACAUGGCUCACUCAACCCAUGUUUCUAUUACUAAUUCCAACUUUCACUGUGGUGAUGAUUGCAUUGCUAUCAACUCCGGGUGCUCGGACGUCAACAUAACAGGUGUUUCAUGCGGGCCUGGCCAUGGUAUAAGUGUGGGAAGUCUAGGAAAAGAUGGAGACUUCGCUCAAGUGGAUUCUAUACGCGUAAAUUACUGUAACUUCACAAACACAUUAACCGGAGUCAGGGUUAAGACAUGGCCGGGAGGGACUGGGUUUGCCAAGAACAUCUUCUUCGACCAUAUCUUCAUCAACGCGGCCUAUCAUCCCAUUAUCAUCGACCAACAUUAUUGCAACGGCGCAAGUUUUUGCCCAGAGAAGGGGAAAGCUGUGCAAGUAAGCAACGUGUUUUUCACGAAUGUGCAAGGAACGUCAGCUGGGCCAGAAGCGAUUAAGUUGGACUGCAGCUCAGACGUGCCCUGUCAGAACAUUCAACUACAAAAUGUUAAGUUAACCUCGUCAACUCCAGGCAAAAGUAAGGUUUAUGGUACAUGCCAUAGUGCCAUGGGACGAUUCGGUUCUAUACCUCAAGUCACUUGCAGAUGA